AUGUUCAUGAGCCGCACGGUACCCUGGACGUCUGCGAUAAACCUGACCUCACGCCAGGAGAUGCCUGAACGAGACAACCUGAACCCUCGGCAUUGGCUCGCAACGCUCAACGGGCCAUCUAUCUGCUGGAUCAACUUGCCUGGUCGGGAACAGUUGAAGAACCAGAGAUCUCGACAGCCAACGCUCAACAGCCGGAGGAAAUGA